UGUUGGAAAACAUGAAACCCCAAUCAAAAUUGAUACAACCAUCUACAAAUGGUAAAUUUAGCACCAUUUCAUUAUCACAUGGUGAAUCAACGAAAAGGAAUAGGGUAGAAGGAGUCUUUAUGCAUAUGGUGGUGUGAGAGUCGUACAUUUUUACACAGGGACUUAUCCUCAUCGGGGCCUCUGCAUUGGCCUUCAAAUCUCCUCCACCCAAUUCAUAAUCCAAACCAAAGACGGAAAAAAAAAUCACAUCCUUUUUUUGAUUUCCUAUCCUCAUCAUUGCUUCACCAACAAUCCAUCAAAUAACAUUUUCUUCUUCUUUCUUCAUUAUCGAAAAACAUGGCUGCUGUAACUGCUGCAGUCUCUUUUCCUUCUACCAAGUCCGCCUCUCUUCCUACUCGAACCUCUAUCAUCUCUCCUGAAAGAAUCACCUUCAAGAAAGUUCCUGUUUACUACAGAGAUGUUUCCAGUGGAGGAAGAGUGCUUUCUGUCAGAGCCCAGGUUACAACUGAAGCUCCCGCUAAAGUUGUAAAGGAAUCCAAGAAAAAUGAGGAAGGUGUUGUCGUUAAUAAGUUCAAGCCAAAGAACCCUUACAUUGGCAGAUGCCUUCUAAACACUAAGAUCACCGGUGAUGAUGCUCCUGGAGAGACUUGGCACAUGGUCUUCAGCAGUGAGGGAGAGGUUCCUUACAGAGAAGGGCAAUCCAUUGGGGUGAUUCCAGAUGGCCUUGACAAGAAUGGGAAACCUCACAAGCUGAGAUUAUACUCUAUUGCUAGCAGUGCUCUUGGUGAUUUUGGGGACUCCAAAACUGUAUCCCUAUGUGUGAAACGGCUGGUAUACACCAACGAAAAAGGAGAACUUGUCAAAGGGGUCUGCUCAAAUUUCUUGUGCGAUUUGAAACCUGGGGCCGAAGUUAAUAUCACAGGACCUGUUGGAAAGGAAAUGCUUAUGCCAAAAGAUCCCAAUGCCACAAUCGUCAUGCUUGCUACUGGAACUGGAAUCGCUCCCUUUCGAUCAUUUUUGUGGAAAAUGUUCUUUGAGAAGCAUGACGACUACAAGUUCAAUGGUUUGGCAUGGCUCUUCCUCGGUGUUCCUACAAGUAGCUCACUGUUGUACAAGGAGGAAUUUGAGAAAAUGAAGCAGAAAUACCCUGACAACUUCAGGCUGGACUUUGCUGUGAGCAGAGAACAAACUAACGAGAAAGGAGAAAAGAUGUACAUUCAGACCCGAAUGGCUCAAUACGCAAAAGAGCUAUGGGAGUUACUCAAGAAAGAUAACACAUAUGUCUACAUGUGUGGUUUGAAGGGAAUGGAGAAGGGGAUUGAUGACAUAAUGGCGUCACUUGCUGCAGCAGAUGGUAUUGAUUGGACUGAGUAUAAAAGGCAGUUGAAGAAAUCUGAGCAAUGGAAUGUGGAAGUCUACUAACUGUGGAUUACAUGUACAAUCAACCCCCACCACAUCCCUUUUUUUUUUCCCCUCUUUUUUGAGCAGCCAUCCAUCCUAUCAGGAUUUCCACUGCAUUAUGUAGAUAGGGAGUGUCUCUUUCUUUCUUUUCUUUUUUUUUGUUUUUUCAUGUAUUAUUUUGAGCCUACAUUAAUGAAACAAACGGUAUUUUAUAGCCAACCUCAUGAAUUUCAUCAAACUUCAAUUUCACCUGCUUAUUCUUAUGAACAUUUGUCUUAUAUAAAUUGUGGAGUUAGCAUUGGUAGUGUGUUUUUUUAGUCCUUGUCAAUCUUUGGGUUGUAUAUCUUUCAAAGGACCUAACUCGAGUCAGAGUGUUUGUUUUGU